AUGGCCCGCGCACGUUCCUCUGCUUCCCGCUCAACCCCAUUCCACCAGACUCAAAGUCGUAGUGCAUCUACAAUGCCUACAAGACAAACAGCCGCACCCCCACCAGCACCUGUUCAAGCACAACCAAACCCUGCAGCCAUGGCUCAGCCUCGACAACCCGGACUUUUUGGUCAGAUGGCAGCCACUGCCGCAGGUGUUGCUGUCGGACAUUCCGUCGGCCACGCAGUAACAUCCGCCUUCGGUAUGGGCUCGUCGUCUCACCACGAGGUCCCUGCAGAACAACAACAACAGCAAUCACUCCAACAAGCGAGCUAUGGAAACCACUCAACAAAUCUGUUACCGGCAGCGUCUUGCGACGAAAAUGCAAAGGCAUUCACAAGAUGUCUCGACGCCACCAACAAUGACAUGAGUGUAUGCCAAUUCUAUCUGGAACAGUUGAAGGCAUGUCAAGCCUUUGCCGCACAACAGAACUUGUAA